AAAGAAAGCCAGUGUUUCCCGAAGAGAGAGCUCUUGCGCCGCGCCCUCUCCUCAUCGAGCAUUUCAGCAAACACCUCUUGUUCGUCCUUCUCUUUCAAGCUCUCGACGAAGGAAUCCAUGGAUUUUCAAGCUCUUGAGUUCCUGUGUUUGCUCUGAUUGCAGGGUUUUGUAGCUGCGCCUGUCGUUCUUCUUCGGAUGGCACCGGCAGUGGAGCGCAGGGAGCAUUCACGGCGGCAUUCUCCUGAGCGGUCGAUUUCUCCAGUGAGGGAACGGAGGAGGGAGAAGGAACGGGGGAUGGAGAGGUCUCCAAGAAAGAAGUCUAGUUCAUCCCGCUCUGUGAGAUCACCCGCUAGAGAUCGAAGUCGGUCGCCAGAUCAUGCGCGGUCCAAGGGCUUCUCCCGGUCGCCCUCGCCCCGUUCCAAACGAUUGAAGAGGGUGCGGGGGGAGCGGGAGGCGCGGGAAACGGAAAGGCCGGAGCUUGAUCGGGAUAGGAGUAGGGAGCGUGGGGAGGAGAGGAGGUCGGGCAGAGAGAAGGAUGAUGGUGGUUCGUCCAGAAGGCAAUCAAGGCAUGAACGCUCUGCCUCACCGCAAGACCGUGGACAUAGAAGCAGACGAAGCUCCCGAUCCCCAAGUAGAGCAUCCAAGUCCGGCGGGGCAUCUGGAGAGGUAGCAAAACCUAGAGCCACUGAAAACCUCAGAUCUGAUGAUGAUGAUUCAAUUGCCAAGAUGAAGGCUGCUGAGGAUGCCCUCAAAGUAAAGGAUAAGGCACAGCAAAAGCCGUCUUUUGAACUAUCUGGGAAGCUUGCUGAGGAGACAAAUCGAGUUCGAGGUGUGACAUUACUAUUUAAUGAGCCGCCAGAUGCACGCAAACCUGACAUCAGAUGGCGACUAUAUGUUUUUAAGGCUGGUGAAGUGCUUAAUGAACCCCUCUAUAUCCAUCGUCAGAGCUGCUAUCUCUUUGGAAGAGAAAGGAGGGUUGCCGACAUUCCUACAGAUCAUCCCUCCUGCAGUAAGCAACAUGCUGUUCUCCAGUACAGGCUUGUAGAAAUAGAGCAACCUGAUGGCUUAAUGUCAAAGCAGAUAAGGCCUUACAUAAUGGACCUUGGAAGCACCAAUGGAACUUUUAUUAACGAUAACAAGGUUGAACCUCAACGUUACUAUGAACUUUUUGAGAAGGAUACUAUCAAAUUUGGUAAUAGCAGCCGAGAGUAUGUAAUGCUGCACGAGAACUCCGUUACCUGAACAAGUCACCUGCAUGGGCAAUCGUCCGCCUGGGGUUUUCUUGUAGCACUUCACUCUUUUGACAGGAUAUGCAGGGCAAUAGUCUAGUCUAGUCUAUAUAGCAAGGUAGAAGAACAACUCUCUUGAUUCAUAGCUGCUGUUAUUCUGGAUGCAUGCUUGCACCACCUUGGCUACGUUUAUUUUCUUCAGAGAUAAUGUACGUUGUAAUGCUCCAGAAGUGCCAAACUUGAGAUUCUACACCAGAUUUUUCAUGAAACUCUAAUGAGGUUGAUUGUGGUUUUGGUUAUAUUGAGAUCAAUUUAACUGUCUUGAGUAUGUUUGUUGCA